AGAUGCAGCGAGUGGUCAUAUUUUGAUUUGAAAUGCCCGUUAACGUUGUUCAGCCGAUGGUUACGCUAGAAUCCUUCCUGCCAGCACAGUGUGAUAUGAAGAGCAAGGAAUUGGAACUGACAAGACAGUUUUACGAGAAGCAGAUGGAGCUGUUGAAGAGUUUGAAAUCGAGCUUUUACCCUGAGAACGAGGACCCGCUGAGUAACUCCCAGUUAUAUCCCACCCCGAACACCUCCUUCGCACUGUCCAUUUCAGAGUUACACUCUAUAAUCCCUCUGGGCCGAACUGCUGGAGCUUUGAGAGAGGGUUGGACGGGGAUAAUGAGAGAUCACUUGAGACGGAUAAUCCCUCACACCACAUGGUACUUCAAGAGAUCUGCUUUCUCUCACCCUGAUACCAGGAAACGAGCUGCUCCACUCUUCAAGUGUGAAGCGGUGUGCGCAGAACGAACGUGUCCAAACACUAUCAAGAUGUGCGCCACAAAAUCGGACCCCUUACGAGUGAACGUCAAGUUUGGUCAAGCCAUGUGCAUCCAUACGUUGAGAAGGAGAGUAAUUCAAACGACGCUCAAUAACCUUGAGUGUGACGCUAAACAUGGGGUCCACCUGAACUCUGACUGUAAAGUUUCCAAACUGUCUCUAAAGCAAGCUCUAUCGUGCGUUUCCUCCACCUCCCCCAAGCGACACAGCCCACCAGCCACCACUACUCUCAGUAACCGAACCCCCGUUCUCCACUGCCCUCCUCAACUCGUCUACAACGCGCCAACUUGUACUUCAAACACGGCGGUAACUUGCAAUUCCAAUACCGGAACUUGCACUUCUGAGAUCAAACGUCCAGUCGCUGUACGCAUCACUCCUGAAGACAGGAAGCGCAGUUACUGUAGACUGAGAUCAAGUGAAGACCAGGACGCCCCCUCAGCAUUCCACAUUGUUACCAGUCCAAACAAGAGGACCAGAGUUGAACCUUCUCUCUUCCCUUCGCCUUCUUCUACCCUAUCCAACUUCACUUUCAGUGUGGAUUUACCUUUCAAACUAGAACGAGGUAUAACCACGUGACCCCGCCAGAGUUGUCAGUGUACAAAUCACAAUCGCUCUGAAGAUCAUGCGCUUUACUUUCUGGAUCACGUGAUUUGCUCUCUAAGUCACGUGACGACACCAUUAUUGACCAUGAACUAAUAAUUUACACCAUUUGAAAGAAACUCAAAUCUGUUCAGGUCCAAAUUUCUGACUUGUCAGUAAUUGAUGAUACGAUUAUGCUCAAUUCAAUGAGAACUUAGUAUAUUUCUUAAACUGGACAUUCGUCUGGGGUAAUAAGUACUUAAUUAUGAAUAAUAUUACUGAGUUUAUGUAUGAACUUUAAUGAAUAUUUAUAACAUUACAAGGUAAUGGUAUUUUCUGAGUUUUGCUAUUAUUUAAGAAUGUUAGAGACUACCACUAUAAAUGAUUAGUAAUUUUUGAGCUUACUUUAUCGAUCAUCCGAGAAUUACAUUUCUCGUGGUGGUACUUAAUCAUAAAUAAUGCAUUUGACUUCAGAUGUACAUUUUAUAUGGUUUUGAGACAGUAUGCCACUUUUGAGCAAAUAAGGGUUUUUAAAGUCGCAAAUAUAUAAUGUAUUGAUAUUUAAUUGUUUGUUUAAUAAUUUUCAAAUUAAACCAUUAAUGAA